UUAUAGGGGGCUUAUAAGCCAUGACACUACACGUCUACACCAGUUUACUAUUGCUUCUCCUCCAAACAUUCUUUGUCCGAUAAUUGUAUACAAUACUAUAACAUAAUACCCAGGGCCUUUAUCUUUUCUUCUUUUCCCCUUCUCUCCUUCUUCUUUAACUGCUUUUGCUUUAAUUGGAAGACCAAAAAACUGGAAGAAGGGUGCAGGCAUGGGAAUAGUGUUAGACCUCACAUAACAGUUAACAGUUCACAUCCUCUCUUCACUUUGCUGACCCAGGGCAGCUUUGAUGAGCUGACCGGGUCGUUUUGUGCAGAAGCCUUUAAAGCAAAAAAAAAACUACCUGCCCGUUGCCCCCCUUGUCUUGAGCUAAGAGAACGAGGAGCCUCUCUUUAUCCCUCUAUUAUAUGCUUGCUGCUGCUGCAUUGUCUUGUUCUACUACUACUUCAGAAUCUCUUCUCACUUCCAAGCAUUAAAGUGUUCUCUCUCUCUCUCUCUCUCUUGAGUUUGUGGCGCUUUCUUUCAUAUUUAUGGGAGUUUGGUUCCAUGUUCUUACACUUUCUACUAUACUAGUAGUGUGGCAAGAGCACAUACAGCACCAGAAGACGAAAGCACUAAAGGCAUUUUGCUCUCUUUUGUUGAGCUUCUCGUGUUUCUCUGGAAUUGAGAAACAGAACAACAAAUUCUCAGCUCUGAAACAUAGAUAGGUAGUGUGGAGAUUGGGGAGGGAGCUUCCAAAGCAAUGAUAUUUUGCUCUUUGAAAGUCUGAGAAGCUUUGGAAUUUGGAUAUAUAGACCUUCUAAACCAAAGAGAAAUAUCAGGGAGCUGUAUGAAGUAGAAGUGUGCAAAAAUGAGAGAUGAGAAUUCCAAGAGAAGCAAGCUCUCAUGGUCAAAGAAAAUGGUGAGGAAGUUCUUUAAUAUCAAAAGCAAGACUGAGGAUUCCCAAGCAAAUGGUGUUGCUUAUGGAGGAGGUGACAUGGAAUAUAGAGGUAGGAAUAGCUUCUCUGAGAGAGAACCAUGCACAAUCAAAAAGAGCAAAACAGAAAAGUUUAGCAGGAGCACAGAUCAGGUGAGGCGAGCAAAAAUGAAUCUUGACCAUCCUCGAAUUAUAGAUGUGCAGAAUUAUAGCAUUUUUGUGGCUACAUGGAAUGUAGCUGGAAGAUCCCCACCUAGUACUUUGAAUUUAGAUGAUUGGCUUCAUUCUUCAUCACCGGCUGAUAUUUAUGUUCUUGGAUUUCAAGAGAUAGUUCCCUUGAAUGCUGGUAAUAUCUUGGGAGCAGAAGACAAUGGCCCUGCCAAAAAAUGGUUGGCUCUCAUCAGAAAGGCUUUAAACAAUCUUCCUGGCACCAGUGGAAGUAGUGGAUGCUAUACACCAUCUCCCAUACCUCAGCCAGUUGUAGAGCUGAAUGCAGAUUUUGAGGGAUCAGCUAGGCAGAAGAACUCAUCUUUCUUCCAUAGGCGAUCGUUCCAGACAACUUCUAGUGGUUGGGGAAUGGACAAUGAUCCUUCAGUUGUGCAGCCACGGCUUGAUCGAAGAUACAGUGUCUGUGAUAGAGUAAUUUUUGGUCACAGGCCAAGUGACUUUGAUCCCAGUUUUAGAUGGGGUUAUAGGCCUAGUGACUAUUCCAGGGCAAGUGACUACUCAAGACCAAGUGACUACUCAAGAUGGGGUUCAUCUGAUGAUGAUAAUGGCCUUGGGGAUUCACCAAGUACAGUCUUAUUUUCACCAAUGUCUUGUGGUGGUGGUGGUGGUGCUGGACCCGCCUUUAAUGAAGAUGGAUAUGCCAUGCCAGGACACUCAAGGUACUGCCUUGUUGCAAGUAAGCAAAUGGUGGGGAUAUAUCUUACCAUAUGGGUGAGAAGUGAACUCAAGGAUCAUGUUCAAAAUAUGAAAGUGUCUUGUGUUGGCAGAGGAUUGAUGGGCUAUCUUGGAAAUAAGGGAUCCAUCUCAAUUAGUAUGUCUGUGCACGAAACUAGCUUUUGCUUUAUCUGUAGCCAUUUAACCUCAGGACAGAAAGAAGGUGAUGAACUAAGAAGAAAUUCUGAUGUGAUGGAGAUUCUUAAGAAGACAAGGUUUCCUCGUGUUCAAGGUGUGGACAAUGAGAAGUCUCCACAGACAAUCCUUGAGCAUGAUCGAAUCAUAUGGCUUGGAGAUUUGAAUUACCGGAUUGCACUCUCCUACCGAUCUGCUAAGGCACUCGUUGAGAUGCAAAACUGGAGAGCAUUGUUAGAGAAUGAUCAAUUGAGAAUAGAGCAGAAAAGAGGCCGUGCGUUUGUGGGAUGGAAUGAAGGGAAGAUAUAUUUUCCUCCAACAUACAAGUAUUCAACUAAUUCAGAUAGAUAUGCUGGAGAUGAUAUGCACCCCAAAGAAAAAAGGAGAACUCCUGCUUGGUGUGACCGAAUUUUGUGGUAUGGAGAAGGUCUCCAUCAGUUAUCAUAUGUCCGCGGAGAAUCGAAGUUUUCAGACCACAGACCUGUUUAUGGCAUAUUUUGGGCUGAGGUUGAGUCAGCUCAUGGCAGAUUGAAGAAAACUAUGAGUUGUUCUCGUUCCAGAAUUGAGGUGGAGGAACUUCUGCCAUAUUCUGGUGGAUACACUGAGCUGAGCUUUUUCUGAAGGAAGAAAGGUUGGAUAUACGUGUCCAUCCACAUUCAGCAAUUGGUCCCCCAUUACCAAGCUGGAAUUACUUUGAAGAAAACUCAUUCAUGGAGGGAGAUAGGGACAACCCAUUUCCCACAUACCGAAAAAGUUUAUAAUCUGUAGUUUUUGGCUACAGUCAUGCUUUGCCUAACACAUGAUCAGUACAGUACAUCAUCAUCAUCUUGGUAGCUAUUCACACACCAGUAAUGUGCAUAGUUUGAUAGCCAACUAACAAACACACAACCUUCCAUUGUCUCAGCCCAAUUUGAGUAUUAACAGUCCUUCACAGUCAUCAGGAAGUUGAUGAAGGCAAUUUUUUGAUUCAAGAUUUUUUAAUUGUUUUUGGAGAAUAUUUAUGAUGACUGAAUGAAGGUGGAAGCUUGCCAGAAUAAUCACUUGGGCACUAACAUUUUUUUAAUGCGAAGAAAAUGAAUUUUUAUUUUUUUAAUCCUGAAAAAAAAUGAGUGUUUUGAUGUAUAGUGAUUGCCAAAGUAAAUGAGAAAAAAAACAUGAACAAACAAAAAAAGAUUGUUGUUCAUGAUAGAAUUCCAGAGCCUCUCUUGCACAGUCCAUGAUUAAAAUUUUACUGAUAAAAGGUGGUGGCUUUGACAUCAAAACUAAAUAGUACUGCUCACCAUUCAUUCCUGUGGCUCGUCUUUUCACUGAUGAACAACAGUAUUUAAGUACAAACUAAAGUGUUAUUGCGGGGUUUGGCAGGAAUAUUGGGGGUUUCUAAUUCGGGGUCCUCUUGCAAGAUGCUAUUUACAUGCCCGUCAGUUGCUGUUUACUUUUGACUUGGUGGACUAUAGCCACUUUUUACCUUAUACUUUUUUUUUUAUGUAUGUGUAUCCACUUAGGAUCACUAAUAAGAAAAGUUGAAAAAACAAAUUUCGAAA